AAAACACAUGCGAGUCUUCUUUACAGCAAAGCUUUAAAUAACACAAACCAUCGAUCCGAGCCCCGACGGCUUCUCUCCUCUCUCAUUAAAAAGGAUAAAACCCUACCUCGUCGCUCAUUAAAAAAAAAACCUAGUUUUCUACGAUCCAACAAUCGAUUGGAUGGCGAAUAGCAAUCUACCUCGGAGAAUCAUCAAGGAAACGCAGCGCCUGCUCAGCGAGCCAGCUCCUGGUAUUAGUGCGUCCCCAUCUGAGGAGAACAUGCGCUACUUCAAUGUUAUGAUCCUUGGUCCCACGCAGUCUCCAUACGAAGGAGGUGUUUUCAAGCUUGAGUUGUUUUUGCCUGAAGAGUAUCCAAUGGCCGCCCCAAAGGUUCGAUUCCUCACCAAAAUAUACCAUCCUAACAUUGACAAGCUUGGAAGAAUAUGCCUUGAUAUUCUGAAAGACAAGUGGAGUCCAGCUUUGCAGAUCCGAACAGUAUUGCUAAGUAUUCAAGCACUUCUGAGUGCUCCAAACCCAGAUGAUCCUCUUUCAGACAAUGUUGCAAAGCAUUGGAAGGCAAAUGAAGCUGAAGCUGUAGAAACGGCAAAGGAGUGGACCCGUCUAUAUGCAAGCAGUGCAUGAUGACGUUAAUAUUCUAUGGGUACAAUAACUUCUAUCGCAUGACUGCAGAGCAUGCUUUUCUUUCAAAGUGAAGUGGGAAGUGCUAAUAUGAGAACUUCAAACGGUUGAACCCUUUGAUGCUGUUAUACUGUAUGCUGUAUAUCUCUUUUCUUAAGUUGGAAGGCACCUCUCCCUUUAUAUGUACCAGUUGCUUAAGCCUGUCAUUUGCCCAUCUCGCCUUGUUGUGAGAUUCGAGGAUUAACUUUGAGCAUAUCUGUAAUGCAGCAAGCUACAUCCAGUUUCUUAAUAACAUGUGUGCAUUCACCAUUCCAGGACUGAA